GAACUGCCGGAGCCGCCGCCUUGGAGCUCUCCUCAGACGGGGCCGGAGGCGAAGGAGCGCGCUCUGCAAGCCGGACGAGGCGGCGGCGUUGGCGGUCUGCAAUCGCUUUUCUCUCUCUCUGGGAGCAGCGUCCGAAAGAGCGACCCUCGGCGGCCUCUUUUGGUAGCGGCCUCGGCUCCAUGGACGCCAGGUGGCUUUUCUGCCGAAGCAAAGCGCGCUGAGCGUCCCCGCGGCUGGGCUGCUCUCGCCCAUCGGCCGAUUUUUUUUUUUUUUUUGGUGGUGGUGUGGGGGGGGAUCGGCUCGUUUAAAGAGAGGAGGCUCCGCUUUGGCCAUGCUGCGAUCGUGGGCGCUCGUCGGGGCGGCUUUCUUCUUAGCCUUUGCAUCUGGAAAGAAAAUAUGGGAUGUCCCCAGAGCACACAUCAGCCAGGUCAACUCAGCAAAAGUAAGGUGGGAGCCUCAGUGCCAGUACCAAUUGCGCCACCUUCAGGAUGGUGUCAGAAUUUCAGCUGUUCUACCGGCCCGGUUAGAAGGUCAUUGGAUCUCAACAGGGUGUGAAGUACGCCCAGGACCUGAAUUCCUUACUCGGUCAUACAUGUUCUUUGCCAACCGCCUCUUCAAAGCUUAUCAGUUUUACUACCGUGACCCUUCCUGUAGAGAUCCCACCUACUCUCUGGUCAUCAAAGGGAAAAUCAGGCUCCGGCAGGCAUCCUGGAUCACCCUAGGGGCUACAGAAGCAGAUUAUCACCUUCAUAAAGUUGGCAUUGUCUUCUACAGCCAGAGAGCCAUGCUGGAAACGGUUGCCCGUCUCAACCAAACAGGAGUUCGCUGCAGUGGAUUUUUGCCAGCUGGACGGACUUGGGUUCCCGGUGCCCUCUAUGAGCUUCUGAGUGCUAAAGGGGAAGAGGACUGCACCCAUGGCCUUGGCUUUGCCAUGCAUGAGCUUAGCCUGGUACGAGUGGAAAAGUAUCACCAGCCCUUGCUCCUCCAGCACAACCAGGGGAGCAGGCAGGUUGAGGAGCUGUAUCUUGGAGACAUUCACACUGAAUGGUCAGAGCGGCUUCAAUAUCGGCCUACAGGAUAUCAGCGCCCACUGCAGAAUGCCAUGCACCACAUCCAUCCCUGCCCUGCCUGUGGGAUUAUAUACAGAGCUGAUGAGCAUAACCCGCCAGUAUUACCAGCCAGACCUGAGCUUCCUAUGCUGUUGAGCGGCCACUGGGUCAGCUCGCGCUGCGAAGUCCGCCCAGCUGUGCUUUUCCUUACCAGGUACUUCAUCUUCCACGCCAACAACCGCAGCUGGGAAGGCUACUAUCACCACUACUCUGACCCUCUCUGCAAGCAACCAACUUUCACCGUCUAUGCUUUGGGUCAUUACAAUGAGGGAGCCCCCUCCCGCAUCGUGAGAGGAGGCACCGAGCUGGUCUUCAAAGUGACCCAUGCUCGGGUGACUCCUAUGGAUCAGGUCACCGUGUCCAUGCUGAACUCCUCCGAUUUUGGGAGCUGCGGAGAGGCUGGAUCUUGGCACAUUGGGCAGGAGCUAGAUGUGACCCACACCAAUGGGUGCGCAGCUCUAGGUAUUAAGCUCCCCCACUCCGAGUAUGAACUCUUUCGCCUUGAACGAGAUGGAAAAGACCGGAGCCUGCUCUUUAUUGGUGAGAGACCAACGGAUGGGUCAAGUCCUAAUACUCUCAAUAAGAGGCCCACAUCUUACCAGUCUCCUCUUCUCCAAUGUGGUGGGCCCUCAGGAACUUUGGCAAGACAUAGUUUGCCACACGAUCCAGAAAGAUUAAGUGCCCAAGUUAACCACGGAGCACCAAAGACUCCCUUAUCUCUGCUGGUGUUUCUAGCUGCAUUGAUGGUCAACUGGGAUUAAAAGCUUGCUCGUGGGAGCAGCGGAAAAUGCAAGAUAACCUUAGCCUUCAGGCUUUGUGUAGGCCAUAUCAAAAAAAUAAGCACACUCAAGAGAUGGGUUUUUUUUUUACAGGUUGCAAAAAAAUGUAUGUUUCUUUGACAGCUAUGUUUUCUGCUGCCAUGCUUGCUUACCUACAGACAUGUAAAUUGGUUUUCUUGAUUUUUUGAAGAGGAAAAUCAUUCCCUUUUCAUCGUGUGAUGCAAUACAUACAACUGCCUGUUUCUGAAACAGUAUUUCUCAAUUUCAGAUAUUUGAAGAUGCAUUGACUUCAAUUCUCACAAUUGAAUUAAGCUGGGUGGAGAAUUCUGGAAGUUGAAAUCCGCACAUCUUCAAGUCCCUAAAUUGAGAAACACUGUUCUGAAGGGCCCAAAUAGAUAAGAAAGGGUUUUUUUUUUUAAAAAAAAAAUUCCUUCGAAGACAUCCCAUUGUUUAAAUUUCUGUCGUGCAUUGAAGAAAUAUUACUUUCCCUGAUUUUUCUUCUUGACAUUGCUUCGUCUUGAUUUUAUUGACACGCAGCCACCACUUUUUACGCUGCAAAAAGCUAUCCCUGUUGAAAUAAUAAAGGAUGAGAGAAAUUCAAUUCUAGGUGCCAUAAGAAAGAACUGUGUGACAUAAUGCACACCUAAAUGAAGAGCGUUAGUGAGGAGGCAGUUUGCGAGGGCGGAUGGUCAUCUCAGCAAGGAGAAAACGCCUUUCUUGGUAGACCAAAUAUGUAAGGAUGAUGAUGUCCCAUAAUUGUUCUCUUGACCAAUUGUAAGCAGCUUUAAAUUAUCUUUGGAAUAAAAAUUGCAUGGCUUCAGUCCUCAGGGAGAAUAAGCUAAAAAAACAAAACAAAAAACAGACUUGUCAGCAAGGUCACAAUUUGUGGAUGCCAAUUUAUUUAUCUAAAAAGUUCUGUAUUGUGCUUACAGUAGUUGCUUACAGUAGUGGCCAAAAUUGUGGAAACCUUUUAGGAAAAGUGUAUUUUUUAAAACUAGCUAAUAGCACCACUUUUUUUUGGAGUAGUAUCCUAAAAUUAUAUAUCAAAGGAAAGAUAAUUUAAUCAAGAAUCUGAUGCAAUAACUUUUAUGAAGGAUUUGCUAUUAGAAUAGCAGUUACAGUAUAAAGAAGAAAAAUGAAACAUGUAGGAAAAACGAGAUAUGCAAAAAUUAUCACCAUGUCAGUUAAUACUUCGUUGGGUAACCUUUAGCAUGAAUUACGGCCUUAGAACAUCUUCCCAUGGAGUGAACCAAGUCUUUUAGUUCUGCAGCUGUUAUAAUGUGAAACCAAGAUUGAAGGAUUGCUUCUAUUAACUGGGUUUUAUUGCUGGGUUGCUUCUGACUAACAAGUUUCUUUAGUCAGCUCUAUAGUUUUUCAAUUGGGUUAAUGUCUGGGCCAGGGAUCUGCAACCUUAAACAAUCAAAGAGCCAUUUGGACCCGUUUCCCACAGAAAAGAAAACACCGGGAGCCACAAAACCCUUCCCGGGCCUGACUAUUUCUUGAGCGGCCACAAAACUAGCAUAUGUAGUUGAAUUAAACAUUCUGUUUUCUUCUGAAACUUUUCUUUUCUUGGAUUUAUCCAUGGUUGGCCUACCAGGGGUUGAAAAGCUCAAUAAAUUGCGUGCCGGUGGGUGUCGCACAUUGGCAGUUGUGACCCAUAUUUUGAGUGACAGGGAGCCACAGAAGAGGGGUGAAAGAGCCACAUGCGGCUCCAGAGCUGCAGGUUGCUGACCCCUGAUCUGGGCUAUUCCCAGGCCAUUCCAGCAGUGGAAUAUGAUUAUCUUGAAACUCCCCCCCCAAAAAAGUGGUGUUAUUAGCCAUCAAACCUCAAAAAUACAUUUUUCCCAAAAGGUUUCCACAAUUUUGGCCACUACUGUACAGUAAGGCUAAGCAUAGUGCUUAUGGAAGGGAAGAUGGAACUCUCAUGUCUAAUCCUAUCAACAAUGACACAGUAUCUGCAGAGGUUGAAAAAAAGCCAAGAUGGUGGUCACGAUCAAAGCCCUGUCCAUUUUCCAUGAGUAUCAGCACUGCUGGCACAUACAGGUAGUCCUCGACUUACAACGGUUCACUUAGUGACCAUUCAAAGUUACAAGAAGACUGGAAAAAGUGACUCGCAACCAGUUUUCACUCUUACGAUCAUAUGCAGCAUUCCCCAUGGUCACGUGAUCGAAAUUCAGAUGCUUGGCAACUGACUCAUAUUUAUGACGGUUGUAGGGUCCCAGGAUCAUGUGAUCACCUUUUGUAUCCUUCUGAUAACCAAAGUCAAUGGUGAUGCCUGAUUCACUUAACAACCAUGUUACUAACUUAGCAACUGCAGUGAAUCACUUAACGGUGGCAAGGAAGGUCGUAAAAUGGGGCAAAAUUCGCUUUACAAAUGCCUCGCUUAAUAACGGAAAAAUUGGGCCGCAUUGUGGUCGUACGACGAGGAUUACCUGUACUCCUCCUCAGGGUUUGGGCUUCAUUGAAAUCCAUCAGGUCCUGCUCACAUGUGCUACGAACAGCACUUUAAAACCACAAUUACUAGUGGGGCAAGUGGGACUUUGCUCAAGCAUUUGGGUUGCAUAAAGGAUUUGGUCCCAUGUUCUGCAGCAGUAAUAAUGUUUAAGAAAAGGGAUUUUUUUUGGUAAACAGAAAAGAGAAUGUUCCGGAGGCUUUGUCUCCAACUUCCUCAAAUUGGUAGAUUUCAGACAUGAUGACUACAGUGGCCAUAAUUCCCAGUCAACAUGGCAUAAAAUGAGAGGCACUGGAUUCUCACACUUUGAUGAGGCUGUUUGGUGUCUUCUAGUGAUUUCCCCUAUCCAUCCUAAAAAAAAAAAAAUUGGCUCGUUUUAGCUUUCUCGGUUAUCAACAUCGUCUUGAGUUCUGUCAAAGAAGACAACAACGGUUGUCACACUGCUCAAAACUUUCUUCAGGCCUGUGGAAACCCAGUCUGAGUUAGCAGCUACUUCAUUUUAAGCAAUUAAUAUUUUCAUUUUUUGCAAUAAGAAUAGGCUGCCAUCCCAAAGCUUAGGAAAGAAGAAGUGAUCCUAUACAACCUAAAUUAACUCAGGAUGAUGCAUACGGGAUCAUACAAUAAAAAGCUGCUGUAAUUUUGUUUUUAAGCUCUGUGUAUUAAUAAGCUUUUUUUGAUACGUCUUUUGCAAAACUGAUAUAUUUUUUAAUGAAAAGAACUAUGCAACGACUGCAAAUGAUACAGUGUACUAAGAGGAUUGUGAUUAAUAUGUAAAAAUGUUAAAUGAGAUUUUAUAGAAACAUCAGAGCCAAAUUCAUUUGCCACGGACAAAAUGUAAUGCUUUUCUUAAUGCAUAAUUGUUACAAUAAAGUGUAUUUCAGCAGAUUUAAAAACAAAACAAAACUCAAAGGAAAGUAUUUAGAUGUUCUGUACAUAAAAACAAUUGUUCAUCUUCUUAAAAAUGAGUCUUUUGUUCCUGGAACUGCCCGUUCUUUCCUUUUACUCAUCAGCAAUAGGACAGAGUAUUAAAUCUUUGCAAUUUCUGACA